AUGAAUCGUUACGCCGCAUCUCAUACCGAUCCCCACGGCCCUGGAGAUGCUCGGCCGACUGCACUUCAGAUUAUCCAGGACGAAUCAUUGAUCGGUAAACUGGCUGGAAAAGUAAUCGUCCUCACCGGUUCAGCCUCUGGCAUCGGUCUCGAAGCAGCGAGAGCGUUGUCUGCCACAGGUGCUACUCUAAUCCUCACUGCCCGUGACAUAAAGAAGGCCGAGACUUCUCUUAAUGGAAUCUUAGAGCCCGGUCGUGUUACGCUUGUAGAGAUGGAUAAUGCUUCUUUUGCCAGUGUCAAAAGUGCUGCAGCAGCUAUCCUCGAGAAAUCGAGAAAUCGGGUCAAUGUACUGAUCAACAACGCUGGUGUUAUGGGCAUUCAAGAUCUCCAACUCACCGAAGACGGGCACGAAAUUACCUUUGCUACCAAUCAUCUCAGUCAUUUCCUUCUAUUUCAACUUCUUAAGCCUGCCUUACUCCUUGGCUCCAGCCCAGAUUUCCAUUCCCGCGUGGUGAAUAUUUCCUCCUCCGGCCACCGAAUGUGCGAUCUUCCUGACAGCGACAACUAUGACUUCCAGAAAGGAGGCUACAAUUUCGGAGCUGCAUACGCUAAUUCGAAACUCGCAAAUAUAUACAUGGCCAAUGAAAUAGAUCGUCGCUAUGGUCGACAGGGAUUGCAUGCAACAAGUCUCCACCCUGGUGCUAUCGACACGAAUAUUAGUAGACACGUGGGCAGUGAAUGGGUGACUCAAGUUAUGAGUAAUGAGAAAGUUCGUAAGGCUCUGAAAAGUGUUGAGCAAGGAGCUGCAACAACUGUUGUUGCGGCAGUUGGAAAAGACUGGGAAGGAAAGGGAGGAAAGUAUUUGGAGAAUUGUGGUGAAGCGGAACGGGGACAGGAUGACUACCAACCUUUCGGAAAUGGAUGGGUAAAGCAAACAUAUCAUCCGGAAGAUGAAGGACGACUGUGGAGAGAUUCAUUGAAGAUUGUCGGGGUCGAGGACGAUAUGUGA